CACACUUGCUCUGUAGAGUUAGAGUACCGUCGUCGAACGGUGGUGUUCCCGUCCGCGAGACUGGAAAACGAGACCGAAAUAGAUGAAACUCCAGAGAGAGCAUUAUUACUACGGGCGAUAAGUAGUACUAAAAGAGUAUCGAAUCAUCCUCUCACACUUCCACAAUCACGGUAACAAUGGGAGGCGAAGGUCCCAAGCUAUAUACCAAUAAACCCAAGAAAGCGCAAUCGAAGCAACACAAGCACCAGCAGCAUCAACCAUCCUCAUCCAUGGCGUCGUCAACCCCACCUGGGUCUGCAGCAGCAGAUCCUCCGCUUCCCAAGGAAUCAUUCAUUAGGCGCAACAAGUUCAUUUGGCCUCUUCUCCUGGCCGUCAAUUUCACUGUUGGAGCUUAUCUUUUCAUGAGGACGAAAAAGAAAGAUGGGGUUGAAGAGGCUGAAGUGCCUAAUGUUGCUCCAGCCUCUGUUGCAACCACUGCUACAACUACUACAGUUACUGAGAAGCCAUUGGUCACUUCACCCGUCAUAGAACCUCCAAAGCCACGAGAACCAAUUCCUGAGAAUGAGCAGCGGGAGUUGUACAAGUGGAUGUUAGAAGAGAAAAGAAAAUCGAAGCCAAAAGAUCCUGAAGAGAAAAAGCGCAUUGAUGAGGAGAAAGCCCUUCUCAAGCAGUUUAUUCGAGCCAAAUCCAUCUCUAGUUUGUAAAUACACAAAUAUUUGACAGUUUUAAAUUUCAUAGGUCCAGGUUACUUCUUGUUUAUUCUGUUCGAUAUGUCAUGGACCAGCUCGGAAUUAUGCUGUAAGCAAGCUAACUACGCUCUUUCUCGUAUUCGCUAAAUCCCCCUGGCUUUAAAUACGGUCAAUGUGAAUAUCUUUGAACCUCCAAUAUAAUGGUCCUAAAACUUUGCUUGUGUAAAACAGCUUAUCCUGAGCCGCGCGGAUGACACAUUUUCUUUCCAA